UAAGAGGCGAUCGGGAGGUCUCUUGCGACGAGGCAAGCAUCCAGGUCACUUCGAAUUGCGAGUCGUUGCUGCGGCAUCUGCGACUGAGGACUAAGACGAGGAACCUCUGGGUUGACGCUCUCUGCAUCAACCAACUGUCAACCUCGGAUAAGAAUCAUCAGGUGCCCCUCAUGGGGGAUAUAUUCGAGUCGGCAGAGCGUGUCAUCAUCUGGCUGGGCCCGGAACGCACCAGCGUGGCCAACUUCUUCCGCAGAGUCAAGCUGUUCAAUCCUUUUAUAUCGCCUCAGCUCUAUGUUAUGCGCCGCUUCGGCCCUUGGGCUGGGCAUGAAUUUCGCAGGCUGGACUUUGUCUCCCGCAUUGCCAACUGGGCUUGGGUCCACACUGUACGCAGCGCUGAAGACUCCCGAAUACUCGAAGAGAUUGGUGAAUCCAGCUGGUUUACCCGCGUGUGGACAUUGCAGGAGCAACUCCUGUCCUCCAAGGCCGUGGUCGUCAUCGGACACCACGAGUGUGCCUGGGCAGCUUUCGUGAAUAUCUGGGCUUGGAACAUGAAAUCCAUCAAGUCGCUCGGCGGCGAGGAGUCCCCCGUCACACUGCGUUUGCUCACCUGGAUUGCCUUUCAGAGCACAACGCAAUCAAAAGCCAAGGGCGGCGGCCGCAAGAUGCUGAAUUCCCAGUUCGACAUCUACUCGGGGUUGGUAGAGUGCGCCCGUACGAAUGGUGCCACCGAUCCUAGGGACAAAGUCUAUGCUUUCCUACCGCUGAUGCAGAGGAUCGAGCCAAAUACGGAUACUCUGCAGGUCAGAUACGAUAUGUCGUACCAAGAAGUGUACGAACAAUUUGCGAGGUAUUCGAUACGACUGUCAGGGACGCUGAGAUACCUGGAAACCCUCCCGCCACUGCAGUACGAGAGUAGCCUGCCGUCAUGGGUCAUUGAUUUGCAAGUUCCGGCCAAGUACCCAAUGCGGAGGUGGGCGCAUAGCCAACUCGAUGCCCAGGCUACGGGAAAUAGCAAGGUAGACCUGCGGUUGCUCGCCCAAUCCAAGAGAGGCGAGCUGUUGCUGAAGGGAUCAAAAUUCUCGACGAUCAAGAGGGUCUCGUGUGUUGCGCCACUCGAGACCAGAGGGUCGCCUGAUUUUGCAGAAGACAUUGCCACAUGGUUUUGGGAUUGGCGGGAUACGAUCAGGGAAGCUGUGCUCAAAAACGAACUCGCCUGCCCAUACUCUUCCUUCGCGGAAGGAUUCGACGAAUUUUUUGACGGAGUGAUGAGGUUCAACCCUUAUCUGGGUGGGUGCACCCUAUUCAUCACGGUAUCAGGGCACCUCGGUGUUUCACAGUUCAGUGUUCGCGAGGGAGACGAGGUUGUGCUCUUAGCUGGCUGUACCCUGCCCACUGUGCUCAGAGCUUCAAGCUCCGAUCGAUAUCGCUUCUUCGCAGUCGCGUACCUGGCGGGCAUCAGCCAUGGCGAGGCCUGGAAUCCACGCGACAGCAUAUCUCAUGAGCACUUACAAAGCUUCACACUGAUGUAAUUAGUG